AUGAAGAGGGUCGGGCCCACCGACCCGGAGAUGGGCCUCGCGGUGAAGGAGGAGGAGAAAGUGGAGGUUGAGAUGGAGGUGGAGGAAUGGGCCGCCGAUGGCGGCCAUGACGGCGACGGCGGCGAUGAGGGGUCGUGGGGUGUGGCAGAUGCCGCCUGGCUCCAGCCGCCGGAGGAGGAGGAGACCGGGGGGUGGAAUGAUGGAGCAGGGUAUGGAUACGGCGGUGCUCACUACGACGAGGAUGACGACUACAACGAGGGCUGCUGGAAGCGCCAGAAGACCGAGUACGACCACAAGUACCAGUACGGCCAGGAGUACGACAAGAAGUACCAGUACGACCAGAAGUACCAGUACGACCAGAAGUACCAGUACGACCAAAAGGACCAGUACGACCGAAAGUACCCGUACGACCAGAAGUACAACUACGGCCAGGGGCAGAAGUGGAACUACGACCAGCAGGUCAAAGGCGAGUAUGUGAAGGGCGGCUGGCAGGACCAGCACGGGACAUUCCACAAGACAAGGGCCGGCCACCAGAUCCAGAUGCAGAAGAGAAAGAAGUCCGAGAAGGAGCAGAUGGAACGUGAGCGGGCCGCAGAACGGAAGGUGCACAGCGAGCAGAUUUCGCAGGCUCUGGACACUAUGUCUCGCAUGGCAUCGGUGUUGGAGCGGAAGCUGUGA